GCACCGAAAAGUGCUUAAAAAUGUCGGAUACUAAAGUAAAAGUGGCUGUCAGGGUCCGGCCCAUGAACCGCAGAGAGAUUGAGCUGAGCACUAAAUGUGUGGUGGAAAUGGAGGAGAAUCAGACCAUCCUGCACCCUCCACCUUCCAACGCAAAAGAGAACAACAGGAAACAGUCCAAGGUGUUCGCCUUCGACCACUGUUUCUGGUCCAUGGAUGAGUCCAACAUCCCGAAAUAUGCAGGUCAGGAGGUGGUGUUCAGGUGCCUCGGUGAGGGGAUCCUGGAGAACGCUUUUCAGGGAUACAACGCCUGCAUAUUCGCCUACGGACAAACAGGUUCAGGGAAAUCGUACUCCAUGAUGGGCAGCGUCGAUCAGCCCGGGUUGAUCCCGCGUCUCUGCUGCUCGCUGUUCGAGCGGGUUGGGCGGGAGCAGAACAGCGCCCUCUCCUUCAAAUUGGAGGUUUCUUACAUGGAGAUCUACAACGAGAAAGUGCGCGACCUUCUGGACCCCAAAGGGAGUCGUCAGUCUCUGAAGGUGAGGGAGCACAAGGUUCUGGGUCCCUACGUGGACGGUCUGUCCCAGCUCGCGGUCACCAGCUUCCAGGACAUCGAGUCUUUGAUGUCAGAAGGAAACAAAUCGAGGACGGUCGCCGCUACCAACAUGAACGAGGAGAGCAGCAGGUCCCACGCCGUCUUCAGCAUCAUCAUCACGCAGACCCUCUACGACCUGCAGUCUGGGAACUCAGGUGAGAAGGUUAGUAAGGUGAGUCUGGUGGACCUGGCGGGCAGUGAGCGAGUCUCUAAAACCGGCGCUGCAGGAGAGAGACUCAAGGAGGGCAGCAACAUCAACAAGUCUCUGACCACGCUGGGCUGUGUGAUCUCGGCUUUAGCAGACCAGUCAGCAGGAAAAGGAAAGAGCAAGUUUGUCCCGUACAGAGAUUCGGUCCUCACCUGGCUCCUGAAGGACAACCUGGGUGGGAACAGCAAGACGGCCAUGAUCGCCACGGUGAGUCCAGCGGCGGACAAUUACGAGGAGACCCUGUCCACGCUGCGCUACGCCGACCGCGCCAAGAGAAUCGUCAACCACGCCGUAGUGAACGAGGACCCCAACGCUCGCAUCAUCAGGGAGCUGAGGGAGGAGGUGGAGAAACUGAGGGUGCAGCUCUCUCAGGCCGAGUCUCUGAAGGCUCCUGAGCUGCAUGAGAAGCUGCAGGAGUCGGAGAAGCUGAUCCAGGAGAUGACCGUCAGCUGGGAGGAGAAGCUCAAGAAGACGGAGGAAAUCGCACAGGAGAGACAGAAGCAGCUGGAGAGCAUGGGAAUCUCUCUGGAGACCUCAGGGAUUAAAGUCGGAGAGGAUAAGUGCUUCUUGGUCAACCUGAACGCCGAUCCUGCCCUCAACGAGCUGCUCGUCUACUACCUGAAGGAGCACACGCGUGUGGGAGCCGACACGUCUCAGGACAUCCAGCUGUUCGGGAUCGGGAUUCAGCCAGAGCACUGUGUGAUUGAUAUCGCUUCUGAUGGAGACGUCACCCUCUGCCCCGUGGAGAACGCCAGGACCUGUGUGAACGGGACCGUGGUUUACGCCUCUGUUCACCUGUGGCACGGCGACCGCAUCUUAUGGGGCAACAACCACUUUUUCAGGGUGAACCUGCCGAAGAGGAAGCGGCGCGACCGGCUGAAGGAUCUGGAGCGAGAAUCGCCGCGCUCGAGCUACAUCGACGUGGACGUGGAGACGGCGAGCGAGGCCUCGUCCGAGCAGGACUACAGCUACGAGUUCGCUCAGAUGGAGGUGAUGAUGAAGACGCUGGGGAGUAACGACCCGGUUCAGAACGUGGUGCAGGUGUUGGAGAAGCAGUACGUGGAGGAGAAGCGCUCGGCGUUAGAGGAACAGCGGCUCCGUUACGAGCGAGAACUCGACCUGCUCCGUCAGCGCCUCUCCCCUGACAAAUCCACCUCCCAACAGCACCAGCGCAGCAACAGCCUGGCCUUCCCGACGCCGCCCUCCCACACCACGCUCACCAGAAUGCGCCUGUGGACGGAGGAGAGGGACGAACUGUUCAGGCAGAGUUUGGCGCGGCUGAGAGAGCAGGUGGUCCGUGCCAACACGCUGGUACGAGAGGCCAACUUCCUGUCAGAGGAGAUGGGCAAACACACCGACUACCAGGUGACCCUGCAGAUCCCGGCUGCCAACCUGAGCGCCAACCGCAAGCGCGGUGCGAUCGUGAGCGAGCCGGCUAUCCAGGUGCGGCGGAAAGCUAAAGGCACGCAGGUUUGGACCAUCGAGAAGCUGGAGAACAAACUGGUGGACAUGAGGGACCAGUACAGGGAGUGGAAGGAGGGAGGACAGGACAUGUCUGCCAGGACGCUUAACAAGCAGGGGGAUCCGUUCUACGAGGCGCAGGAGAACCACAACCUGAUCGGCGUGGCCAACGUCUUCCUGGAGUGCUUCUUCCACGACGUGAAGCUGCAGUAUGCAGUUCCCAUCAUCAGCCAGCAGGGGGAGGUGGCGGGUCGGCUGCACGUGGAGCUGGUGCGGGUGAGCGGAGCCGUACCCGAGCGCCUGUCGGGCGGGGACGACUCGUCUGAGAACUCGAGUGAGAGCAGCGGCUACGACGUGAUGGACACCAACGGAGAGAUGGUUCACAUGGCCAGGAAGCUCACCUGCAGGGUGCGAAUUCGCAAGGCCACCGGUUUGCCGCUCAACCUGUCCAACUUCGUUUUCUGUCAGUACACAUUCUGGGAGCAUGCGGAACCAGCGCUGGCCCCACCUUUGGUGAGCCCGGAUAUGCCCACCUCCCGCACAGGCGAUGCACAGUUUACUGUACAGUUCGAUCACUGCAAGGACUACGUGGUCCACGUCUCAGAUGAGUUUGUGGAGUUCAUCUCAGACGGCGCGCUGGCUAUCGAGGUGUGGGGGCAUCGCUGCGCAGGAAACGGGCGCUCGGAGUGGGAGGUGAACGCGCUGCAGGCUAAAACACGAACGCUCCGGGACAGGUGGAGCGAGGUGUCCCGCAGGAUUGAGAUGUGGGUCUCUAUCCAGGAGCUGAACGAGCAGGGCGUGUACUCACCUGUAGAGCUGCACCCCAGCAGAGACGUCAGCACUGGCGGGGUGUUCCAGCUACGCCAGGGACACUCUCGGAGGCUGGAGGUGUGUAUAAAGCCGGUUCAGCACUCAGGAACGUUACCGCUGUUAGUGGAGGCCGUCCUCUCCGUCUCUAUCGGCUGCGUGUCCGCUCGUUCUACCAAACUCCAGAGAGCUCUGGACAGCUACCAGAGGGAGGAGGAUGACGAUAUGGAUAGUUAUCAGGAGGAGGAUCUGAACUGUGUACGUGAGCGCUGGUCCGAGGCUCUCAUCAAGCGCAGGGAGUAUCUGGAUGAACAGAUCAAGAAGAUCAUGAGCAAAUCAGAGAAGUGUGAGGAGGAUGCAGAGAGGGAGGCCAGGUUAGUGGAACAGUGGGUGGGACUAACUGAGGAACGGAACGCCGUUUUGGUUCCAGCGCCUGGAAGCGGGAUCCCCGGAGCGCCUGCCCAGUGGGUGCCACCUCCUGGCAUGGAAGCUCAUGUUCCUGUUCUGUUUCUGGACCUGAAUGCUGAUAAUUUAACGGUGAGCGAGCAGCUGACCGGUCCACGAGCGGCCGGCGUGAACUCCAUCCUGCCCAAAGAGCACGGCAGCCAGUUCUUCUACCUGCCCAUCAUCAAGCACAGCAACGACGAGGUGUGUGUGACGUGCACGUGGGACUCCUCCAUACACGACUCCGUCCACCUGAACCGCGUGACCGCACCCGCCGAGCGCGUCUACCUGAUCGUCAAAGCCACGGUGCAGCUCAGUCACCCAGCGAGUAUGGAGCUCGUCCUGCGCAAGAGGAUCGCCGUCAACAUCUACAACAAACAGAGCUUCACACAGAGUCUGAAGAGAAGAAUGUCCAUGAAGAACGUCCUGCACUCCUGCGGGGUCACGUACGAGAUCGUCUCCAACGUGCCCAAGGCGUCGGAGGAGCCGGAGGAGAGAGAGACGCUGGCGUUAAUGGCGGCACGCGGUGAGGCCGAGGAGACGCAGGAUGGAGAAACGUACAUCGAAAAAUACACAAGAGGAGUCCUGGAGGUGGCAAACAUCCUGUGCCUCGAGAGACUCCGACAGGCGGUGACUGUGAAGGAAGCUCUUUCAGCUAAAAGCAGACACAUACGCAGGAGCCUGAGCACUCCCAACGUCCAGCACACCUCAGGUUGUAAGUCAGACGUGACCGGCUGUGAGGACAUCGACCUCAAGGCCCACUGUGAGGUGCAGCAGGACGUCUCAGACGGCAUUUUCCAUGAAUCAGGGGUCUUUACAGCAAUCAUCAGGGACACGCCCGUCAAAAACAAAGAGAAUCAAGGUUCGGUAUCGGAAAGCCCGGCGUUUUUCAGCUCGAGUCCAUUUAAAGCACUUUCACCUCAGCCGCCCAAGUUCCUGAAGUCCCUGAUGCCCGUCAGAGAGGAGAGUAAAGCUAAACGUGCGCUGGAGAGUCGACCCCUGCUGGGGCAGGAGAGCAUGCGCUGGCUAACGGAAAACUCUGUGUUGGGGCGGGGUGGUCUCUGGCUCCGCCCGCGGGCUCAGAGCGAGGGUCACUGCGGCACGACAAACCCCACCCACCUCAGAGUCGCACCGAGACACACUGCUGAUUCAGAGGAGGAGGAGCCCGAAUCGAACCGCGCCUCUGUUUCCGGUUCGGCUUCCCUUCCCCUCUCGAACCUGCAGCAUUACGUCCCAGAGGACUUCGCCAACUUCGAGGUGUACAAUGCCAGCCUGUGUGUGGGCGUGCCCUCUUCACGAGGGGACAGGGGGCCGGAGAAGGACAUAUCCCGCAGUCCCACGGCGAGCAGCUGCACCAGCGGCUACUUCUCCCACAGCGCCUCCAACGCCACGCUUUCGGACACGCCCUUCUCCGGGAGCGAGAGUUCGGACCGGCUGAGCACCGGCUCCAGAGAUGCCACGGAGGUGCAGGAGCACACGAGAGGCUCCUUACACAACAAAAGCGCCCCGAACGAGACCGGUCACCCGGGUCCCACCCUCGGGCGCGCCUCCCCUCACCGGAACUCCCGCGUUCUUCGUCCCAGUCAGGAGUUUACGGACUUCAAAGGCGCCGGGGACGAAUUCGGGGAGGACGAGCUCAAGCCGUUCGAGUCUGACUGGCGCGCAGAGGAUGAAGCUGGAUCCAGACCUUCUUCAAAUACCGGUCAGAAGCCGUGCCACCUGCACAACGGAGACGAAGGCUCAUCCUCCUCCUCGUCCUCCUCUUCAUCCAGCGUGCCUCCUCAUCCCGAAAACGGCGGCUCAGAAGAGGGCGCGACCCAGAGAAACGGAGCCAUCAUCAGCCCUGCCCGCUCCGACGAGAACGACGAGGGUUCGCCGGUGACCCAGCUGCCGGACUGGAUGGCACCCGGAGAGCAGGUGUGGGUCGGAACGAGCAGCGGCGUGGUGCACUACGUGGGUGGAGUGGAGUUUGCCCAGGGUAUCUGGGUAGGGGUGGAGCUGGAGCGUGCAGUGGGUAAACACGACGGCACCGUGCAGGGCCGGGCGUACUUCCGCUGUCCGAGCGGUCACGGCGUGUUCGUCAGACCGGCGUGUCUCAGCAGGGUUCCAACGUCCACGGAACCGGAUCCCAAACUUCAGCCCGUCCUGCCGUAGAGACGAAACUCGGUCGUCAUGAUGUGAGAAGUGUGUGUGACGUUGGGGAUGCGCACGUCGUGCGUCGGCGGCGUACAGUUCACCACCGUCGCUACGGAACAAACGCGUGCUGAGACGACCACAUGUGCGCCGAGCCUGAGGUGUCCAGAACACGGGACCCUAGAAGACAGACGUUCAUCUUCUGCUGAGGCUGAGUGUGUGACGAAACAGGGCGUCGGCACCGGCGGUUCUCAACCUCAUCCUGUCAGGUUACAGCGGCGAAUAAACUGCACGUGCUGCACAAAUGAAAAUAUCUAAUAAUAAUAAUAAUAAUAAUAAAUGUAAAGUACACAUGAGCAGCACUUUCAGUUUUAAAGGGCCGCAGGUUGAGAACCCUUGAUCUAAAGUGUCCAAAAUAUCACAAUAUAUCAUUCAACAUAUUAUGGGCACAUACUCAGCACGGACACGCCCUGUUCCCCUCUCUCUCUCGUACCUGUGUAUUUAUGGCUAUAGGACUGUUUUAAACCUGACGCCUGUUUGAAUGUUAAAUGCACACUUGCACAAACGCUUAAAAACUCAAACUUAGCUUCACAUCAACUUCAGCUUCCAUUUUGCCUGCUUCACCACCUCGAGCGGAAUCGGACGUAGUGAUUACGUUUAGCUCACGCUAACUCACGCUGAAACGCUGAAUAUGGAAAGGAGUUGAAGUUAAGGACGUACUACUGUUACUGACGGAUUUUAUCAGGUUACCAAAGCAUUUUAAAUCUGCUGUUUAUUCUAAAAAUUCUGUGUCUUCUGUAUCGUGUGUGUGUGUGUGUGUGUGUGUGCGUGUGUGUGUGUGUGUGUGUGUGUGUGUGUGUGUGUGUGUGUGUGUGUGUGUGUGUGUGUGUGAGAGACGUAUGCCAAUAUUCAAAGCUUGUGAGCCCUAAUAUCAGUGGAUUUUAUCAGCAGACGGAAGUACCAGUCAGGCCAGAUUACCUGAACAGCUUUUAUUAGAGAACAAACAAACAAAAAACAUCUACUGAUAUUAAAAAGUAAUACAUUAUUAACUACAAUUUUUAAGAAAUAUUGCAUUUACUUGCUGCUUUUGUUGGCAGGAAUGAAAUCUUAUGAAACCAGAACCAAACUUGUCACGGCAUUUGAAGUCGGCUAUGACUAAAGGCUGUAGUGACAAUAUAUUUGGUGGGACUCACCCCCCCAGUAUUUAAAUAUGAUGUUAGGAUCCGUCAGUGUUCCCAUCAAUUCUUGAUAUGGCAGGAAUGUUUUAGAGUGGACCCCCUUCUGCCCACCUUAUUUCCAGAUAGUAUGACCCUGGACCCUAGAACUGGACACUACUGGACAAAAUAGUCUGUGUUAUUAGUGCACUAGUUCCCAAAAGGUGGAUUUGGUGCUCUAAAAUCCCCCAGGGUCCAAUAAGUAAGUGUUAAAUACUUGUGUGUGUACUGUUCUGGCUUCAGUAUGUCAUUUUACAUUGUGUGAUUGAUUAUUGGCACACGUCUGUGUGUGUGUGUGUGUGUGUGUGUGUGUGUGUGUGUGUGUCACUAAGUGCCAUAUUUCCUGCAUAAAGGCCUCGAGCAUUAACAUAGUUAACAUGUUAGUUUUCCCUUUUUGUAGCUUGCGGUUAGUUUGAAACAGGAAGAUUUUCUGAGUACUGUAACUGUGGUAAAAUAAAACCCUUGCACUGGAGUGACGUGUCCUGGACGCGCAGAGUCUCGAACCUUCCCGAGGUCGUCUGUGCUCAGUGGAAAUCCGACACGUGAAGCACCUUGGGUGAUGCCUUAAUCUUGCCCGGCGUUUUUCGGACCGCGGGCUGAGCUCUCGGACUGCUGGGACUUUUAACCGAGGGCGUGUCGUGUCCGUGCCUGAAGUACCGACUCGAACCCGAACCUCUGUGUACGACCCGGGCUCGUUCCAGCCCGACGCUCCCUUUUGUUAACGUGUUUGACUAAUGAGUUCUAUUUUCUGACUUUGUAAUCACUGUGUGCCAAUGUUAUGUAUUUUAUUUGACGAUGGCUUGAGGUUUUGUAUCACGAUAUUGUGUUCGAACGCGACUGCAUGUUGUCCAUGUGAUGCUGCCUCUGAAAUGAUCCCAAACUAAAAAUCCUAGCAAGAAGCUGCCAGCACACGAGCAAUAUGGUGUGGCACAUAUCAAGAUAUGUUUGAAAUACUCAUGCAGAUGAUCAGUAAAUAUUUUAUUAAGGUCAGAAUGGACAGACGUAGGCCUGGGAGGGACGGGAGACGAACGCGUACAGCUCUGUGGCCUUAUCAGUGGUGGGGAAUCAUUGCUGUUAGAGAUUAUUUUAUCUGAAGAACUGUGGAUGAAGAUGUGUUUUAAUGCUGUAACCCUGUGUGUGUGUGUGUGUGUGUGUGUGUGUGUGGAUGAAUGAUGGAUGAGGGUGCUGGGAGACUUUGGGAAGAGAACCACGCUGCUCUCCUUCAUCAGGAGUUGUACAUAAAGCUGUAAUGAACAUAUAUCAUGUACAGAACUGUAUUUAUACUGUAUCUCAACAAAUGUACAAAACCUGGGUACACAGAGCUUCUAGAAUACAGAACGUUUACAAUAUAAACACUCUCUCUCUCUCUCUCUCUCUCUCUCUCUGUGUGUGUCUGCUUUGUGUUUGCAUUAGUCUGUUAUUACAGCCCACUACCUCUGAGAUCAGGGUUUAAAUCUCAGUCUUUUACAGUCAUCUGUAUGUAUGGUAAAUCUGCACUUGCUUUAUCUUUAUAUAAACAUUACAUUUAAAUGUAUUAUUAAUAAAUAAUUGUAAUUAAUGUGUACAUUGUGGUCUUCUACGAUCACAGAAAUAGUCGGGACGUACAAGGGACGUACUACACCAGUACACAUCAGAUGUGCACCACAGAAACGACCUGGUUGAUUAAAUGAGGGGGCAAAUACUUUUUCACCAAGGUGAUAUAGGUAUUGGAUACCUUUGUUCUUUAAAUAAAUGGUUAUCAGAA